AUGGCGCCUCGAGUCAAUAUCCCUCCAGCGACCCGCAUCUGUCUUAUCAGCCUUCUCACCCUCUCCUUGCUGUAUAAUAUCGCCCGAUGGCGGCAACUUGACACCACGCCCGGCGCACCCGCCAUCACCCCGAUUAUACCCUAUUUGACACUCGUUCCUUCACAAUUUCUUUUCUAUCCGUGGACCCUCCUUACUGCGACAUUUGUGGAGCAGAACAUCUUCACCGUGCUUUUGAACGCGGCCACUCUCUUUUAUGGCGGAAAAUACCUGGAGCGCGCAUGGGGAUCCCGGGAGUUCGCGAAGUUCAUCCUAGCCAUCGCCGUCAUCCCGAACGUGGCGAUUGUUCCGCUCUAUAUUCUAGGAGCUGCCCUCAGGAGCGGCUCCAGCAGCGGCCUCACGCAGAUAUGCGGCGGUAUCUCGAUUCAAGCAUCCUUUCUGGUCGCCUUCAAACAACUUGUCCCUGAGCAUACGGUGACUAUUUUCAAAGGCUUGGUCAAAAUGCGGGUGAAGCACUUUCCCGCUCUGUUUUUGUUCCUGAACACGAUCAGCGGGGUUGUCUUUGGCACGCAUGUCGCAGCGAUUCUUGCCUGGCUCGGCCUCUUGACCAGUUGGACCUACCUUCGCUUCUUCAAACGCCAGCCUGAUCUUACCGGCACAUCGACCGAUGGGCUAGGCAUCAAGGGUGAUGCCAGCGAGACUUUUGCGUUUGCAUGCCUCUUCCCGGACGUGCUUCAGCCACCAAUCGCCUUUCUAUCCGAUCAAGUUUAUGCUCUGCUGGUCGCCGUCAGGAUCUGUACACCCUUCUCCGAGGAAGACAUUGCCUCGGGUAACCAGCAGGUUCUGGCACGGGGCGAGGCAGGUCUUCCCAGUCUUCUUUCCAACCAUCGCAACGGACGGGCCAUGGCGAAGCGGGAAGAAGCGGAGCGCAGACGGGCUUUAGCACUCAAGGCUCUCGACCAGAGGCUUCAAGCAGCAGCAGCAGGAAGGGUGCAGCCAGCGACGUCUGCAGUGAAUCAGCAAGGAUCCAGCCAUACUCAGACUCCGACACCCACAGUCUCAGCGGGCCAGAGUAUGUUGGGAGAAACCAGCUAUACCCCCGACCAUGCGUGA